AUGCCCAAACGCAGCCUAUCCAAUUCGGUUCCCAGUUUCUCAGCCACCUCAUCUGAAUUGCCCGUUCAUCUAUAUUCUAGCAUUACCAGUUCUCUUGAGCCUACUAGCAAUCUUCUGCUUAAAACUCAGGACAAUAACAGCCUCAUUGGAGUCCGUGAUGGCAACAAUGGUUCUACGGCUGACAGUAGCUGCUGUCGCAGUCAGAUGACUUCAACUAAUCCCUGUGGAGGAUAUUUUAUUACUAAUGAUAUCGAAGGUUGCAAAAAUGGUGAGGUAAUUCGGACCUCUGGGACGUCUGUGGGGGAUGGAAAUGUUGACUGCAGUAUUUUUUCCCGGGAUGCGAAUCAUGCUUAUAGAGGCGUCAGCAAGAGCCGCUCAAAGCAGCCGAAGGAGACCGUCAAGGAGCACUGGAAUUUGGCUGAGACCAACCCGAAUGAGUUUGUUCGUCUCUUGUCGGCUAGGCUUGAGAAAUUGAAGGAGUCUCGGCAUAAGAUGGAGAGUCUUUUAUCUCGUGUUUCGCAGGAGGCUAAAUUACCACCUUCAGACACGCGUUCAGGCAACACUCUAUCUACCGACCCCAGUUGGAGCAUGGAGCCUGGUCGAAUGCCUCUACGCUAUCGAGCAGGUCACUAUGAUCGCUCGUGUGAGCCAAAACUGCUGCAACCACCUAGGGCCAUGACUGUGGAGGAUCAUUGCGCCAAACACAUUGGUAAAUAUGAGCGCCGAGGGCGCAGGCGGGGUGCUGGUGAAAAUGAAUUAUAUCGUACUCGGCAAGCCCCAUCCUCCGCCUACGCGUCCCUGUCUCCAGCUUCUUCAUCCCGGUUCGCGACUUCUCGUUCCUCUUGCUGUGACUCCCUCACAACCUCUACUUUCCCAUCUUCUACGCCCCCUUUUGGCACAAAUGUGCUGGAUAUCCCUGCCAUACCAUCAAACCCCGUCUCUACCGGCUCUAUUCCCAUCUCCCCUUUUCCAAAGUCCCACCUAAACUGGUGCCCUUCUCGUUGUUGUCGUAGUCAUCCUCGCACUCUCCGGCCGCGUAAUCACCAUCGGCACCGUCACAAUCGUCCUUCUGCACGCUCCAGUGGCCCUCCUUCUCAUGGACACAGCAUGUCUGCUUCAGCCGUCACACCCGGAACAGUAGCCAUCGAGGAUGGAUGCUCCUGUAAAUGUGACUUAAGUGGGGAGAGCUGUUUGCUACAACGAGAGGAUCGUUGCUGA